AUGUGUUAUUCCUUCUCUGCAUCGAAGGAUCAGGAAGUUUGUUCUCUCUGCGUGGCUGAGAAGUUUUUCACCUAGCAGGACGGGGGUAGUUGGUGGGGGUGGGGACAAAUGUCCCCAUAAAAUAGAGCGCAAGCUGCAACCUGCGUUUGGCUGUAACCCAGGAGUAACGUCAGCACCCUCUCCAGAAACAGGUGAGAAUGACCACCUUAACUCACCGGGCCCGUCGUACUGAAGUAGGGAAGAAUUCUGAAAAGAAGGUAGAAAGCGAGGAAGAUAUGAAUCAAGACCGAAAUCAAGACAAUGAGGACAUUGGAGACUCUAAGGAUAUCCGCCUCACCCUUAUGGAAGAAGUGUUGCUCCUGGGACUAAAAGAUAAAGAGGGUUACACAUCUUUCUGGAAUGACUGCAUAUCAUCUGGCCUGCGAGGUGGCAUCCUGAUAGAGCUGGCCAUGCGAGGUCGAAUCUAUCUAGAACCCCCAACCAUGCGUAAGAAGCGACUACUAGACAGAAAGGUACUGCUAAAGUCAGACAGCCCAACGGGUGAUGUUUUACUGGAUGAAACUCUCAAACACAUCAAAGCAACUGAACCCACAGAAACUGUCCAAACAUGGAUAGAACUACUCACCGGUGAGACCUGGAACCCUUUCAAAUUACAGUACCAGCUGAGAAAUGUAAGAGAGAGAAUUGCAAAGAACCUAGUAGAGAAGGGUAUUCUAACCACUGAGAAGCAGAAUUUCCUCCUAUUUGACAUGACUACUCACCCAGUGACCAAUACAACAGAGAAGCAACGACUAGUGAAAAAACUUCAAGAUAGUGUCCUAGAGCGGUGGGUAAAUGACCCUCAGCGUAUGGACAAGCGAACACUAGCACUGCUGGUGCUAGCCCACUCCUCCGAUGUGCUAGAGAAUGUCUUCUCCUCUCUGACAGAUGACAAGUAUGAUAUGGCGAUGAAUCGAGCCAAGGACCUAGUAGAACUGGACCCUGAGGUAGAGGGGACAAAGCACAGUGCCACAGAGAUGAUCUGGGCUGUGCUGGCAGCCUUCAAUAAAUCGUAAGCCAGCUGUUGGGUUUCUCCUUUUCCAUUGCUGGCCAGUGACUAUCAGAGACACCAUCACCGAGUUUUGUGUGAUGAGAUGUUUUCCAUCAUUUUUUUUCCUCUUGAAUCAAAUUUGUUAUUUGGGGAAAGCAACUUCAGGGCUUCUCCAUAGACCUUGUCUCUUAUAAGCAGGCUUUAUAUCUCCCUAUACUUCCACUCCAGAGGUGAAUAAGUUGGGUGAACCAGCACUCACCCGGUAAACAUUAUCUCUCAUUUCUUGGCUCACUCCCAUCCAGUGUGCUUUUGGAUUAUCAGGAAUAUUUCAGUGAGAUUUGGAUUUCUCUAGACAUAGAAUGUGAAUGAGAUGUAGAGCAAACCAUUUAUCUCAUUUUUUAAAGUUUGUUUUCUGUCUUAUAUGUUUUCAGCCUAUCUCUCAGGCUCUGCUAAGUAAUGUAGCUUAUUGAAGUAACCAUCUCUUUGAAUAAGGGGCAAUGGAAAUAAAACUGAUUUUUGGAGCAGAUGGUCUCUGAGAUAUAAAUAUAUG